UCUGGGUGGGAGCCCAUGUGACCUCCCACUUGCCUGCGAGCAGGACUGCAUUCUUAGCAUUUGUGUGAGUGCUGUCGGUGUGCUCAGUGCUAUGCGCUGGAUGCUUUGUUCGUGUCUCUGUGGUCCUGCUGAAGUUUACUGGUGUGCUAAGCAGGCGAUCUCUGCUUUUCAAGCCAAGCCACAGGGGAUCCACUUUACUAAGGAUCUUGUGAUCUACUCACUGACUGUGUCCGCAGCCAUCAGGUAGGGAUGAGAUCGCGAAACCAAGGUGGAGAAAACUCAACUGUUGGGCGUCUUUCCAACUGCGACAACAUGAAUACGUUACAAGAUCAAAACAUCAACACGGAUGCCAAAAAUAAGAAUAAACUUCAUCGAAAUAAGGAAGGGGAUGUGCCAGCUUCUGGAACUGUUAAGAGACACAUAAAAUCUCCGGGGAUUUCUGACAGAAAAAACAAGAAACCACAUGAACCAUCCAGAGAUGAUCUAAUCAAGUUACUCAGUGUUAUGGAAGGAGAGCUACAGGCUAGGGAGGAUGUCAUCCAUAUGCUAAAGACAGAGAAAACUAAACCUGAAGUUUUAGAAGCUCACUAUGGGUUUUCAGCUCCCGAGGAUGUACUCCGAGUACUGCACCGAGAUGCUAUCCUUGCUAAAGAAAAAUCCAUAGGAGACGAUGUCUAUGAAAAACCAAUGGCAGAGCUGGACAGACUUGAAGAAAAGCAGAAGGAAACAUACCGUCGUAUGUUAGAGCAGCUCCUUCUGGCAGAAAAGUGCCAUCGACGAACAGUAUAUGAGCUGGAAAACGAGAAGCGGAAACACACGGACUAUAUGAACAAAAGUGAUGACUUUACAAAUUUGCUGGAACAGGAGCGUGAAAGGUUAAAGAAACUGCUUGAACAGGAAAAGGCUUAUCAGGCACGGAAGGAUAAAGAAUACAACAAACGGCUCAACAAGGUCCGAGAUGAACUAGUAAAGCUUAAAUCAUUUGCACUGAUGCUGGUGGAUGAAAGACAAAUGCAUAUUGAACAACUUGGGCAGCAAAGUCAAAAGAUACAGGACCUUACCCAAGAACUGCAAGAAGCAGAAUCCAAGCUGAAAGCUAUUUGUUCUAAAGCCAACGAGGACAACCAAAAACUUAUUAAAUUGGAAGUAGACCUUGAACAUAAAACCUCAAAAUACACUCUAGAGCAUGAGGAAAUGACCACUAAGUUAAACACUCAGGAGUCUAAUAAUCGUCAGCUACGUCUCAAAGUUUCAAGCCUCAAUCGCAAAAUUGAAGAGUUGGAAGACGCAAACAAGGACCUACAAAAGGCAGAAGAUGAGUUGAAAGAGCUGAGAGAGAAAAUAGCUAAAGGAGAAUGUGGAAGUUCCAGUUUAAUGGCAGAAGUGGAAAACUUACGUAAACGGGUCUUGGAAAUGGAAGGCAAAGAUGAGGAGAUAAUAAAGGCUGAAUCUCAGUGUAAAGAGUUACAAAAGAAACUUCAUGAAGAAGAACACCACAGUAGGGAGCUGAAACUGGAGGUGGAAAAAUUGCAAAAAAGAAUGUCUGAACUUGAGAAGUUAGAAGAGGCUUUUACCAAAAGUAAAUCUGAAUGUUCUCAGCUACAUGCCAAACUUGAGAAGGAAAAGGCCCAAACCAGAGAUUUCAUAAAGGAAGUCGAAGUGGUAAAAGCUCGAGUUAAGGAACUUGAAUCAGUUGAAGGAAGGCUAGAGAAAGCAGAACACAACUUAAAAGAUGAUCUGACAAAGCUAAAGUCCUUUACUAUGAUGUUGGUUGAUGAAAGAAAAAAUAUGAUGGAGAAGAUCAAGCAGGAAGAGGGGAAAGUCGAGAACCUAAAUAGAAACCUGAAAGUUGAACAGGGAAAAGUUAUGGAAGUUACCGAAAAGCUAAUCGAAGAAAGCAAAAAUCUUUUAAGACUUAAAUCAGAGAUGGAAGAGAAAGUCUAUAAUUUAACAAAAGAGAGAGAUGAGUCAACCAGCAAACUAAAAAGUGAAGAAGAGAAAAACUGUGAAUUAAGCUGCAGGGUAGAUCUGUUAAUGAAAAGAAUGGAAAACAUGGAGGUAUCAGAAAGAGAAGCCUCAAGAAACCGAAUGAAAAAAAGUUUUGAAACAGCACACCAUGAUGAUAACAAAACCAAGGAGCUGGUUUUAGAGAUUGAAAGACUCAGGAAUCGUCUUCAGCAACUAGAAGUGGUUGAAGGAGACUUGAUGAAGACAGAAGAUGAAUAUGAUCAAUUAGAACGUAAAUUUAGAACUGAACAAGACAGAGCUAACAUUCUUUCUAUACAAUUAGAAGAACUGAAAAAUCAGAUAGCUAAGAAUAAAGCUAUUGAGAAGGGUGAAGCUGUAACCCAGGAGGCAGAGCUUCGUCAUCGAAUCCGCCUAGAGGAGGGUAAGAACAGAGAUUUGAGGGCAGAAGUACAAGCUCUUAAGGAAAAAAUACAUGACAUGAUGAACAAAGAAGACCAACUUUCACAACUUCAAGUGGACUAUUCAGUUCUUCAGAAAAGGUUUAUUGAAGAAGAAAAUAAAAACAAAAACAUGGGUCAAGACGUACUAAAUCUGACAAAAGAGUUGGAGCUUUCAAAGCGAUAUAGCCGCGCUAUAAGGCCAAGCAUGAAUGGUAGGAGAAUGGUUGAUGUCCCUGUGACUUCUACAGGAGUACAAACAGAUGCAAUAAAUAAUGAGCUGGUUGAAGAAGAAACACCAGCAGUGUUUAUCAGGAAGUCUGUCCAAGAAGAGAAUCAUAUAAUGAGUAACUUACGUCAAGUUGGUCUUAAAAAGCCUACAGAAAGAUCACCAGUUCUAGAAAGAUACCCUCCUGCAGCCAAUGAACUGAGCAUGAGGAAAUCUUGGAUCCCCUGGAUGAAAAAAAGAGAAAAUGGCACACCAGUAACUCCAGAAAGAGUUGUUCGGCCAAGUACAACUCAGGGACGGCCUGGUGAAGUCUUCCUUUCACCAAAACAAGGACAACCUCUUCAUAUACGAGUAACGCCCGAUCAUGAAAAUAGCACUGCUACUUUGGAGAUAACUAGUCCACCUUCUGAGGACUUUUUUUCAAGCACCACAGUAAUACCAACAUUAGGGAAUCAAAAACCAAGGAUUACAAUUAUUCCUUCCCCUGCUGUUAUGACGCACAAAGGGAAAGGGGCUGAAAGCCCAGUAUCUCCAGAAAGAGCUAUGUCUCCAGUCACUAUAACUACUUUCUCAAGAGAAAAGACUACUGAAAAUGGCCGAUUGGCUUUCAAUGAAAGGCCAACAUCCCCAAUUCAGAUUCUCACAGUAUCAACAACUGCUGCGCCCCCUGAGAUAUCUGUAUCGCCUGAUGCCCAAGAAAUGACUAUGGGUCGUGCUGUUUUUAAAGUUACUCCUGAGAAACAAACAGUACCAACUCCCAUAAGGAAAUUUAACUCAAAUGCAAACAUCAUUACAACUGAAGAUAACAAAAUUCAUAUUCAUUUGGGUUCUCAAUUUAAAAGAAACCACACUGCGUCCUCUGAAGCAUCAACACCUGUAAUAACUGUUAGACCUUUAAAUAUUGGUACAGAAAACAAGGAGAUUACAACUGGCACAGUACUUCGCUCUCCCAAGACUAAUCUAUCAGCUAGACCUACAACAAACAAAGUAACCAGUUCCAUUACCAUAACCCCUGUCACAACAUCAUCCACUCGUGUAACCCAGUCAGUGACAACACAAGAUGGGUCAUCCCAACGUCACACACCCACCCGCAUUCCUAUGUCAAAAGGUAUGAAAGUCGUCAAGCCAAUAAUGGCAGUGCCAGGAGCAGGAAAUCUUUCAAAAUUUGAGCCACGUGGCGAAAGUCAGUCAAUGAAAAUAGAAUUGAAGAAAUCUCCAGCCAAUAGCUCUGCCCCUCUUGGAGCUGGGAAGGGCUGAGGCUAUGCCUCAGGGAGAGUAUUGUUAUCCAUCAGCUUCGAAUGAACACCAGAUGACAUGGAAAAAGAGUUUUGUAUUGAUGCACUGACCUCCACGUUCUGUGGAUAAUGUCUGAUGUCCUCACUGAAGCAGCCUCUUCUCUCACCUUUGUGCUAUUGACACAUCAAAGAAAAUAAAUCUAUUUUUUGAAAUAUUCUUGUAUCUUCUCAGACGGGAUAGAUUUAGGUUAACGUGGGAUUAAAUUCACU